UCUUUACCUCUGAACAUAACUUAAUGUCGUACAUUUGCCAUAGACUGGGUCAUAUUUGAAUAUCUCGGAAAUGACAAAUGUGGAUCAUGACGUUAUGAAAAGUGCCAUUCCCGGUGGCAUAAGUAUGGUGCAUGAAAAUGAGCAGCUCAGAUCAUACAGACGGCAGUUCCAUAACUGGAACUACACGCCGCUCAUACAUCAUGCAAAAAGGGCCCCGGAGGGCUUUCUUCAAUUGAACUGUGUGGAUCUGUGAAAAUAAUAUCAGGGGCUUUCCGUCAGAAUGAACUUUUCCACUGUAGCCAGCCGUGAAAUAAUCUGACCCGACACUUCAAACCAUCUGCGUUAUCUAUCCGCCGUCUUAUUUACCGCCUCAGCCAGAGCACAAAGCGGGCUGUGGCUGAUCCUAAAACGGCUCUAGUCAGCUGCUGCUCCACAUUUCCUAACAUGGGAUAUUUUUGCCCGUUUUCCGAGAGAGGCAGGCAUUGUGUCUCUGUGCAAUAGUGUGUGCAUACAUGCACCUGUCACCACAGGAUGCUUCUGCAUAAUAAUUUACAAAUAGCCCAUAAUAAUAAACAAACAAAGAGGGCCCGCACCAAUUGCUUAUUUGUUCCAGCAGCCUACAUAUUUGUGAAUUAUUGUCGAAUUUGUUUCAGUAGAAUCUAUUCAAAUGAAAAAUAAAUAAAAAUUGUCUCACGCAAAUACGUCUCAGUGUCCAUAAUACAGUCUAUUUGAAAGAGCUACAUUGACAUAAUAAAUAAGCCGGAUGUUUACAUAUCGUGAUUGAGGUUAUAUUUAUGACUGGUAUGAUCGGGAUUCAGAUGUCCAAAAUUGAGUUGCAUUGAAGCAGAAUGCUUUCCGCUGCUAUGCUGUCGUCUGUAUCCUCAUUUCAAGUCUCGAACAGCUUUAUUACUUUUGACCGACCAAUGAUUCGUUGCAUUCGGCUGUCAGAUGUCUCCGCUGCUCAUAUUGUUUAAUGCAUAAUUGAGUAGAGCCCCGCUUGUGCUGCCAUGUUCGUCCUGUCCUCGUUAUAUUAUGCCGGAGAGAGCAGCGCGUAACGACAAUGCAUUUCGUCGGAAACAAUCCAGAAACCCCAAAAGAAAUGGCAAUUUUGUGACCAAUCGUUUUCGAGAUGUGCGAUCUUUACUCAAAACACGGUGAUGCACUAAACUUUUGUGGGUGAAAAACGCGAAGGUUUCUCGAUUUGUAAUGGCGUUGCUGCGCAUGUGAAUGUUUACGCAGCAGCAGAAAGAAGCCAUGACAGCCGGACCUUUUGUAUGAUAAAUCGAUUAUUUCUUCUGUAAGCGAAAAUUGUUAUUAACAACACUAUUUACAACAAGAAAAACGCACGAAUGGCCAAUCACAUUGGUUAAAGGCAACAACGAAUAGGUCGGAAAUGUUUACAUUUUAACAGGCGCUGUUGAGAGUGGGGAGGUGCUGAAAUAUUUGCGCUGCUUUCCGCGUGAUUGGCACACUUGACAGUGAUUGACAGGCGUCCUUGGAAACUACGCAACCAAUCUGCCAAGUCCAAUAGAAAAUCAGAAGAGGACUGGACGUCUUUUUUCCCCCUCAAAAAUAUCUCGAGUCUUGCGUUGCACCUUCGUAUUCUCGAGCUCCCCAGUUCGCCCACCGAGGCUGCCGUAGUCAGCCAGAGGGGCAUCCUCUCCUGUGUGUCGUGUAACGGUUGAUCUGUUGACUUUGGAAUUGCCUUUUUGUCUGGAUCAGGCGACGGAGAGGAAACGGAGGAGAGGGAGCGUGUAUGAGAGAGAGGUAGCAAGGACUACGAGGGGGGGAAACAGAAGCCUUCAUGUUUCAAUUGCCAAUCUUGAAUUUCAGUCCCCAGCAAGUUGCGGGGGUAUGCGAGACUUUGGAGGAGAGUGGGGACAUCGAACGCCUCGGCCGGUUCCUCUGGUCGCUGCCGGUCGCCCCUGGUGCCUGCGAGGUCCUUAACCGCAAUGAGUCGGUCUUGCGGGCUAGGGCCAUCGUGGCUUUUCACACUGGGAAUUUCCGAGAGCUCUACCACAUUCUGGAGAACCACAAGUUCACCAAAGAGUCGCAUUCCAAACUGCAAGCGCUUUGGCUGGAGUCGCACUACCAGGAGGCGGAGAAGCUCCGGGGCCGCCCGCUAGGACCAGUGGACAAAUACAGAGUACGGAAGAAGUUUCCACUGCCCAAAACAAUUUGGGAUGGCGAACAAAAGACUCAUUGCUUCAAAGAAAGGACCCGGCAUUUGCUCCGAGAGUGGUACCUCCAAGACCCUUACCCGAACCCUAGCAAAAAGAGAGAGCUCGCACAAGCUACAGGACUCACUCCCACCCAAGUCGGAAACUGGUUUAAAAACCGGAGACAAAGGGAUAGAGCCGCGGCUGCGAAAAACAGGUUACAACAACAAGUGAUGUCUAACGGCUCGGUUCGAUCCCUGACUGGAGAAGACAGCGCAGUGGACCGUCUCGGAACCGCGUCGAGCCCCGAAGCAAGCCUGUCGAGCAAAGCGGCCGCGUCGGCCAUCUCCAUCACUUCGAGCGACAGCGAAUGUGACAUCUGACAUCGCACCACGAGCUGCCCCGCGGGCGAGUCGGGAAGACGAUGAGAAAAUGAACACAUUUAAGAGGGAAAUCGAGACAGACAAUCAACAAGACAAACAAGCACAUCAGUGCCUGCCUUAAUCAGAGGCCGUGUUUUUUUUUUACAAUAAUUAUUAUUAUUAUGUGAAGGCUGUCAAACCGCCCGGGGUCGACUGGAAUGCUCUGUCUUUAAAAUGUAUUUAUCCUCUUUUUCCAUUUCAUUUUUUUUUUUUUUUGCUUAACCAAGACGGAACUGACAUAAUGUGAACAGAAGACAUUUAUAUAAAUACAAGAGUCCUGAUUUACCUGAUGCCUAGAGUAAAGCAGUGCCCACCGAAAAAAAGAGAACGCGGAAAGAAAAGACAGGGCACUUAAAAAGCCCACCAUCUCUUUUUAUUUUUUUUUAUUUUUUCUUAUUAUAUUUUUUUUCGGUGGAACUUUGCGUUGAAUAUCAAUGCCGUGACAUUUUACCUCCCAAUUUUUUUCUAAUGUAUGUUCAUUUAUGUAUUAAAAUCAUUGCUACUAUAGAAUCUAAUUUUGAUUUGCGCGAUCAUUUCAAAUUUAGUAAAUUUCAGUGUAAAAGGUGGAUUUUUAGAGCAUGUGCGCCAAGUAGGACAUAUGUUUCAACGAAUGAAAAGACAUAAAGCAAAUAAAAAUUGUUGUUCAAAACAA